UGUCUUCUCCACGCAUCGCUAUUCUCAUAUACUCAAUGUACGGCCACAUUGCGAAGUGGGCAGAGGCCGAGAAAGCAGGCAUCGUCUCGAAGGGAGGCAACGCUGACAUCUAUCAGGUCACCGAGACCUUGCCUCAGGAGAUCCUUACCAUGAUGAAGGCCCCGGCGAAGCCGGACUACCCCAUCGCUACCCCGGAAACGUUGGCCAACUACGACGCAUUCUUGUUCGGCAUCCCGACGCGUUACGGAAACAUGCCCGCCCAGCUCAAGGCUUUCUGGGACUCGACUGGCCAACUGUGGAUGCAAGGCACCCUCGCAGGGAAGCACGCUGGGCUCUUCGUCUCUACCGGUGGUAUCGGAGGAGGGCAGGAGGCUACGGCCAUCUCAUUCCUCUCGACGCUCGUCCACCAUGGCCUCAUUUACGUCCCACUUGGAUAUGCAUCUGGAUUGGCCAGACUCGGUACUUUGGAAGAAGUUCAUGGAGGUUCUCCUUGGGGUGCCGGUACGCUCGCGGGGCCAAGCGGCACUCGUCAACCCUCCAAGCGUGAGAUCGAGAUAGCAGAGACGCAAGGCGCGGCGUUUUACGACCUCGUCUCGCGCGUGAAGAAGGCUUGAG